GCCCGCUGCAGGUGACUUUACUUCCCCAAUCGAGUCCAUCGGCGUCAUCUUGAAAUCUCCCGAAUUGUCCAACUUCCCUCUCAACAAUCGUUAUCCACUGCACUAUUCUUUCCUGUCGCUCCUCAUCCCGGAGCCGACCUUUCGACUCCGGCAUUGACGCACCAUAUCCACCGGUGAUCCUGUUUUCCGGCCCGGCGGUAUCGUGGCCAGGCUUGCUCGUCGCGUCAUUUAACCCGAACCCUUCUGUCCAUUUUCGUGGUACUAUAGAUUUUAUUUAUCGUAGAAGAUUCGCUUAACCGCCGAAACCUCUCUUCAAUCUUCCCUCCGGGCCGGUUGAACAGAGCCGUCAUGGCUCAGUCGACUGGUAAUCUUGUCGACCAGAUCGCCCAGCUCAACGCUGCCCGAACUCUCGUUCUGGGUGAUUCUGCAUUCUACCCACAGAUUGUGAAUGGUGUUCUUCCUAUAAUUGGUGCGCGAUCGCGAUUGGAAUUACGACGAUGGGGUGCAGAAUUCUUAGCGGAGACCUUCUCCAGCCCGGCGUUGGCUCAGGCUCAGAAGGAGCAGCUAGCUGCGACUGCAUUGCAGACACUACGAGAGACGUUGGAGUUACCGGAAAAAGAUACUGUGACUUUGAAACAUAUAGUGGAAGCUGCGGCCAGUUUAUAUCCCCUGGUGUUUAGGCAUAUUCACUGGGGACUCGUGGGAACUGACAAUCUUGAUAAUUGCAGCAUCAACCACCCUGAAGACUCCACAGUUUGGGAGAAUAUGACCGCUAUUAAGGAUGAUAUACUCCGGAGGUGGGAUACGUCCCCAUUCUCGGUCAAAGUAUGCUGUAUCAAAUUUGUACAGCGGGUGGUUCAAGUCCAGACCCACGGUCUAACGGACCCUAGAACUACUAAUGACUCUCAGCGGCCGGAGCAAAAUGAAACGUCCUUGGCCAUUGUUCCUAGAAAUCAUUCCCUCCUCUCCCUCCCAUACCUAGAAGCCGAGGCGUCGGGCCUCUUGGAUAGAUUGCUAUCACUAAUUGUGCCAUGUCCCACUAAUGGAUCCGUCGUCGUUAGCGACCCCCUCCUAGUGAAUGCGACGUUGAACAGCCUAGCGAUCCUGAUUCGAACCCGACAGUCCAUCGGUAACAAGAUUAUCAAUGCGAUUCUAAGCUUCGUUCCCGCAAGACAAGCACGCACCCCGGUGACGCCUGCGGUUCGUGUUGGCGUCAAGUCGAUGGAGCGUACAGCUAGGGCCUUGAUGAUCAAUAUAAUGAAGAGAAACCCCAGUCAUCCCCUCGCAGGCAAAAUGCAGCAGCAUAUCGAGCGCUUGAUGCAGUCGCGCAUAGAACCCGUUGACGAUAGCUCGAAAAAGCGUGGCCUGCCGACCGAGCCAACGGAUGGUUUGGAUAAUUCCAAGCGGGCAAAACUGGACGCCGAAUCUCCUCCACUGAUCAAGGUGACACCGCUUCCUCCAGGCCCUGUCAGUUAUUCGCAGCUCUAUACGUUAACCGAAGACGCUGGACUUUCCUCCUUUGAUGUGAAGCAGCUACCGGUUGACCUUCUCGUCAAGAUUGUGGUUCCUGUUUUAGCUCGGGUAGACCAGUCUGCCCUGCAGCAGGCCGUUGAUGGUGUACGAAUGCGGUAUCAGACACUCCAGAAGCAACAAGUAGCUGCGCAGCCCCCUCCACCAGCCACAGGUGAAGACGAAGAUGAUGACUAUGAGCCCGAAUACCAGCCUAUGGACGUUGCCGAACCGGCGGCAGAGCAGGAAGAUGCUCUGUCGACUGAACCGGCCGAUCUUCAGCCCGAUCUAGUGUCACUCGGUCCGUUUGUGCUCCCGCAACCUCCCCCGCUAUCGGAAAACGAGGCAGCAGAGAUUGGCCGAAGUGCCGUGGGGCGAGUGUUUGACAUGCUGGCAUCGAGCGGUGUGGCACCAAAUACUGGAAAAGGAAAGGGCCAGCAACACUUAGGCUUCUCGAGGCUGGCUGGCAGCACCUUUGAUCGGGACGCCUGGGUAACGUUGCUCACCCGACUCGCGACGCGGGCGCCUGCUGGAUUAGAGGUAGACCACAAGAAGAACGAUCAAGACCCGUCGUCGAAGAGGUCGACAAUAUCUGAUUCUAUACGCGAAACAUUGUAUCGAUAUAUACUCGAAGAUUUCAGGGGCCGAGUAAAUGUUGGAAUCAUGUGGCUGAACGAGGAAUGGUACAAUGACCGAAUUCAAAUGAAAUUUACCGCGUCCCAACGAGCCGAGGAAGAUGAGGAGUCGUCGGUGUCAUUGCACUACGACCAGUGGUCACUGCGGCUUCUGGACGGAUUUCUGCCAUAUUUGGAUUCUCGGGACACCAAGAUCUUUAUCCGGUUUCUCAGCGAGAUUCCAGAAGUAACUAUUCCCAUCACAAAACGGGUAGCCAGUCUCUCAAAAGACCCCGAGAGAGUGAAUCUCUGCAUUCAAUCAUUACUGUAUCUGAUUAUGUUCCGCCCCCCGGCGCGAGAAAUGUGUCUCAAUGCCGUAGAGGAUGUUUACCAGACAUACGAGGAAUCACGACCCGCCGCUGGUAAAGUCCUAGCCAGAUGGCGUCCGCAGAGUACAGCCGUACAGCAAGCACAGCCCGAACAACAAUCUACCUUGGUGAACCGCACAGUUGACUCAGAGAACAACACUCCCGUCGCAAACGGUGCUUAG